GCUUUCUCUUUUAUUUUUUCAUCCUUUUGCUGAAUUCGCAUUCUAUUCCGCCCCAAUGUCGCUUCGCAAACUCACUUUUGUCACAGGCAACAAGAACAAGCUGCGUGAGAUGCAGAAGCUGCUCAGCGGCAUCGUCGACCUAGACAACCGCUCCGUUGAUCUAGAGGAGAUCCAGGGCACCACACAGGAGGUGGCGCUUGCCAAGUGCAGGCAGGCUGCUGCCAUUAUCGACGGGCCGGUUAUCACCGAGGACGUCGGUCUGGGGUUUAACGCGAUGAAGGGGCUGCCGGGCCCGUACAUCAAGUGGUUCCUGAAGGAGCUCAAGCCCGAGGGGCUGUACAAGAUGCUGGCUGGAUUUGAGGACAAGUCUGGCUUUGCUGUCUGCACCAUCGCGUACUGCGAGGGACCCGGCCAUGAGCCUGUUUUGCUUGAGGGUGUCAACCACGGUACGAUUGUCGAGCCCCGCGGCCCGGAUUCCUUUGGCUGGGAUCCGGUCUUUAUGCCCAACGGCUUUGACAAAACUUAUGCCGAGCUGCCCAGCGAGAUCAAAAACACGUGCUCGCACCGUUUCUUGGCUGUCGAAAAGCUCAAGGUCUUUUUGUCCGAGCUGCAGUAGAAAAAAGGGGAAGCUUCCAGCUUGCGCCAUUAAAUUUUCUUUCUCCCUCUUUAUUUCUCC